AUGGAAACCGACUCUGAGCGCAGUGCAGGGUCAAAGGAAAUGUCAACGACCAAGGAUGGACCCGAAGAGCAAGCAAAAGUACCAGAAGAAGGUCUCAAGGCAUGGCUUUGUGUACUUGGAGGAUUCUUCUGCCAGUUUUGUUCAUUUGGAUUUCUUAAUGCAUGCGGUAUUUUUCAAUUAUACUAUGAGGAAGAGACGCUUUCCCACUACGCCCAGUCAACGAUCUCGUGGAUCAUCACGAUCCAGAUUUUUCUCAUGUUCUCUCUUGGCUUAAUUAAUGGGGUCCUGGUGGACGUCGUCGGACCGCGCAAAGUGCUUCUCCCUGCGUCUUUCCUAGCUCUGCUGGGAAUAUUCAUGCUGAGCUUGAGCACGAAGUUCUGGCACAUAAUGCUGACACAGGGAAUUGUAUACGGACUUGGAGCAUCUGGACUGUUUUUGCCGCCCAUGAUUUGUGUUGGUCGAUGGUUCACGAAGCGUCGAGGAUUAGCUACUGGUAUCGUGGCUAGUGGAAGUAGCGUUGGGGGUGUGAUAUUCCCAAUUAUGGUGUCCCGCCUUAUUGAACGGGUUGGAUUUCCAACUGCUCUUCGCUACAUCGGUCUUUUGAUGGCAAUUUGCCUUGUGAUUGCGAAUCUUUGCGUUUCCUCACCAUUUCCUCCAGAAGGCCGCGCGAAGCGCAAAUCCGCUGGUAUCGAGGCAUUCAAAGAUACCCCAUUCCUCAUAUUCUGUGCCGGAUGCUUCUUUAUGCUCUGGGGUCUAUUUGCUCCGUUCAACUAUCUGCCGACAAUGGGCGUUUCUAUCGGGAUGUCACAAAAUAUGGCAGUAUACACCAUCUCCAUUAUCAAUGCUGCCUCGGUCUUUGGCAGAAUUCUCCCCGGCUUCGUCGCCGACCGUAUCGGUCAUCUCAAUGUCAUGGUUUUCAUUGCAUUCUUGUCGGGACUUUCGAUUCUCGUUUAUUGGCUACCUGUCGUGUUUUACCCGUCCACUGGUGCUAUAAUCGGAUUCGCCGUUCUGUAUGGUCUAGCAAGUGGUGGGUUUGUCAGUCUGAUGACCCCUUGCGUUGUGGUAUUAUGCGAUGGUAAAGUCGAGCAGUUGGGCCCAAAGCUGGGCGCUUUUAUGUUCAUCAUUGCUAUUGCUGCUCUAACGGGAUUGCCCAUGCUCGGCGCAAUCGCGGACUCUGCGUCGAUUGGAUAUAAAGGCCUGGUUGCAUUUGCUGGUGCUGUAAUGACUUUUGGAGGGGUCCUUGUCACUUUAACGCGAAUUAAGAAAGGUGGCCUCCGGAUGGUGAAGGUGUAA